AUGAUUCUGAUAACUUUGGUCCUCUCAACAGUAAAUUCUUGGACUGAAAGUGUUGCCAAUGGUGGAAAAAUUAUUUUCUUUAGAAGUGAAGUUGAACAUACUGUCAAUGGAUUUUAAUAUAAUUUAGAAGUUUAAAUUUAAAACACUCUACUCUUUUUUUUUGCAACUACAACAAAUAGGAUGACUGUCUUGGUCUUUUUUAUUAAAGAUGACAACUGCAUCAAGAAAUACAUUUUUAUACUCAGUAUUUAUCAGUAAUAUAUAUUAAAGGUCAUUGAUAAUUAUGAUAAAUAAGAAUUCACUUUGGAUUUAAGUUAUUUGAUUUAUCCUCCUUUUCUAUUUAAUCAUAUUAUUUAAACGCAGGAUCUUUCACUUAACCAGAUUUUACAGAAAAAAUAUCUUGGUACAUUUUUGAAACGUCAUUAAAAGCUUCUGAUUCUUAACUUUAAUUUUUUUAUAAUUUGUAUCAUAAUUCUGAAAUUUUUUUCUUGCCAAUUUUAAAUUUAGUAUCAUUUUAAUAUUUAAUUUUUUUUUAGUUAUUUAGAAAAACAUCAGCAAAAAAAGUCACAGUUUAUUAAAGAAAAGAUCCUUAUGCGAUGA